GCCUUUCCUUAUUACGGAACUAAACCUAAUGAAUACAAUUACUUGUACUUAUUACUUUUUGCAUUUUUCUCAAUUUAACACUCGGCCGGCCUGCACGGUUGCCACCACUGGUCGGGUCAUCCGUAAUGACUUCCUAUCAGCGUCAGCAGCCUCCUCACUCGCACAUCGCACCAAAGAGCCGCUCGCCACGACGUCCUUACGCUUUGAUUUCCGCCCGAGACUGGAUCCAGAACGGCCGAUCGCUACGCAUCGGUGCACCUCUCAUAUGUUUGCAAGUCCGGCCGACUCUCUCUCCCACCAGGGACCUUCCACUUUCCAACAGCACAGGCCGACGCUUAACCCGAGUCCGUGGCUAGCUGGUUUGCCCAGUCCGGACGCCGCUUAGAAGCCGAACAGUUCAGCGUGGCCCGAGACAUCAAGACUGAUCAGCUUUCCACCCUCCUUCGGAAAAUGGAAGCUGCUUUGCAAAGGGCGAGAAAAGGGUCAGUUUAAAGUCCGCGCGGCAAUGAGCGAACACUAUCGAGGGUGAGUUCAUGUGAGAGAUCGCCGUGCCAGCAGGCAAGAAGAUACUGCGUCACUAUUCACGCCGCGACGAGCACCCCAAUCCAGACCGACAUGGAGUAGUACCUUGCUGUAUUUUUCACGACCGCUUUGCACCGCAGUAAUCGGCAUAAACCCGGCAUCCCCAUUCA